AUGUCCCAAUAUCGCCCACUCCCACAGGAUAUCUUAAACAUGAGCGAAAUGGACACAGCUUGCCAAUAUUGUGGUAUUUCGUAUCUCUUGCUUUCAAAAUAUGAAAACAUGGAGAAGCAUAUUCAAAAGGUGGAUAUCGAAAUGGCGCAGCUCAAGAAAUACAUUCAAGAGCGACCACAAUUAUUAGCUCAACUCGAAUCACUUGCUGCUCAUAACACGCGACUUGAUCAAGCCCAUAAAGAUAGCGAAUGUAGAUUAACAGAAUGCCAGAUAAAAUUACAGAAAGAAGAAUAUAAAUCCCAAGAGUUGUUGCAAAGAACCCAAGAACUAAGGCACCAAUUAAUAACACUGCAGGAACAUGCGCGCGAAGCUACAAAGCAGGCAGAAUCCAAUAUCGAAUUACAAGCAUCGACAAUGACAAGAAAUAUCAUCAAUUUGAGAUACAAUGUUAUUCGGGCACAAAGCGACUUGGCAAAGUUGAAAGGAUAUAUAAGCAGCAGUAUUAUAUCCGUUGUAACAGAAGCUAAAUUGACCGCACAUAAGCAAAUUAUUGAGCAGAUUACAAAAUCUCAACAGCAGGCAAUUGAAUCAGCAGUAAAACAAUCAGAACAAAAGUCUUGUACGAUCAUUUCUUCACUCCGCAAAGAAACUCAAGCGCAAAAACAGUUACUUAAAGACAGCCAAAAACAAAACCAAGGCAUUGUAGCAGAACUUGGACUAAUCAAAAAAGAAUAUUCAGCCUACAUUGAUGGCCAGCGCACGUAUACUCAAGAUCUUCAAUCAAAUCACCUAGCAUUGGAAAAAAGGCUGCAUUAUGCCAAUCGCGAUGUUUUGGAUAUUACAGCCGAGAGAGAGAAAAUAUACGCUAAAAACCAAACUAUACAAACCAAGCUGGACACAAUUCAACAAUCACACGAAGCGCUAUGUGAUGAUUACAAUCGAAAAAUACUAGAUCUUCAAACACAACUAAGCAGAGAACAGUUGGCAUACAGUAAAAAAAUAGUACAGCUUGAAGAGACGGUCAAGGAGCUGGAGGAGCAGCAUUUUUCAAAAAAUGAUCCAGCACAAAAUAGACUACAUAAAGCAAUGGCUAAAAAAGAUGAGCAAAUUAUGAUUAUGGAAAAAACCGUUCGAGAGUUGAAUACCAAUAUUUCUGCAAUGCGGAGUGAGCGUGUUCAAACAAUUGAAGCUCAUCAAAGUCGUAUCAAGCAGCUACAAGAAAAGUUUUUGGAAGAUAUUAAACAUGCUGGAGAAAAAAAGACUUCUGACAAAGAAAUCGAAAUUCGACGUAUUUGUAGUGAGGAAAAAAUUGAGGCUCUUUGCCAACAACGCAAAUCAAUGCAGCAGGAGUUUGAAAUAGAAAGGCAAGAUUUAAAUAAUCAGAUUGACUCUUUAAAGAAUGCAGCCAAUUCGGUCAAUUUAGCUACACUUAACCACAUGGAAAGUACAUACAAGCAGAAAAUCGCUUCUUUGACAGAUCAAAUGAUGCAAAAAGAGGCACGCUAUACCAGCGACUGUGAAAAGUAUCAUAGUCAAGUCGAUGCACUUGAAAAAAUGCUGUCAGCUACCAAAAUAGCACUGGAGGAACAGUCCAUGGGAACAGAACAAGAGCGCAUAUCUCAGUUAAAAAAAACGAUAUCAGUCAAGGAUUCCGAAAUUAAAUUUUUAAAGGAUACGGUCAGAUUAGAGUGCGAGGAAAGAAUGGGAUUGGUGUCAAUGGUAGCAAGGCUUAAACUCGAAAUGCAUAAUAGUCCCAAUACCAUGUGUAAAUUGACCAAUGUGACCAAGCCUAGUGAAGAAAGUCAUUCUUACAACCAAUCUAUACAGAUAAAAGAUGAAUCUACAUAUACACGAUCGCGACCGGGAUCUGCCGCUGGACCAAAGCAUUUGACCCAAUCCAAACCUUCAAGCAAAUCCACCCCAUCUCACAAAAAUGUCCAAAUGGAUAAUGGCAAGUCAUUAGGAACACAGUCUAAAUCACAACUCCCUGAUGGAAAUCAACCAAUGCGAGGAGUGUUGGAGUUUGAAAGGCUAAUGCAUGCUGCAGCUGUCAAAAAAAAUCAGAAAAUGGCAAAACUAGCAGCAGCAAGAAUUUAG